AUGAACCCCGGUGCGACCACAAACUCCACCAGCACUCCUUGCACUCCUGGUACUUCGGGCAACACUGCCAACACUUCUAGCACUUCUCAUGGACUUCAGGCGAGCCAGGGCAGCGCCUUUUCACCCUACCGACCAUCAACAGUGCUGACCAACCUCCAACGGGGCAACGUCCAGACGCCGCUGGAGACCGGAGAGCCGCGCACUCGAGAGGUCCACGAGCUGGCCGCCCUGGGCGAGCUCUUUCCCGGUCAUGUCAAUCUAGAAAUCGACGUCAAUCAGUCGGACGGGCACGGCCUGACGCCGGUCCACUGGGCGGCCACCUACGGUCAGCUGGAGUCGCUGAAUCGGCUGCGGGAGCAGGGCGCCAGCUGGGGCGCCCGGGGACCGGAGGACGAAACGGCGCUCAUGUUGGCCGCCUCGGGAGGGCACAAUCACGUGGUGAAGGCGUUGAUUGCCCACCUGGGGGCAGGCAUCAUUGAUGACGUUGAUGAGGACGGCAACUCGGCGCUGAUGUUCGCCGCCUACGGGGGCCACAAGGCCGUGGUGAAGGAGCUGCUGGAGCAUGGGGCGGACGUGACGCUGGUAAACUGUAACCUCGACACUGCCUACGACAUUGCCACGAAGUUGAAGCGCACCGAGACACAGCACAGCACACUUGCACCAGCACCAGCCGCAGUGAUCGUGGCAGAGGACGAGAAGAAGAGGAAGAAGAAGGUGCACCACACUUUUCACCUCUCAAUGAUCGUCGUCGGGACUACUGCCACAGCCUCAGCCACCACAGCUGCCGAGAAGAAGGACUUCCAAGGUUGUAGAAGAAGUGCUGAAGAGCCUGGUGAAGAGGUGAAGUUGAUGGAGAUUCAACAGCUAACCGAUGCAGAGGCCGAGGUCGAGGCCGAGGAGAGUGCCUCGAUGUGCGAGCGUAUUUUGGCCGACCUGGAGGCGAUCUUCAGGCGAGAGGAGGCGAACAUGCGAGAGAUGAUCAAGUGCCGCCAAGUGCAGCAGCACAGUCAGCACAGUCAGAACGCCGAUGAGCUUCGCUUCACGGCGCUGGUGCUCGGCCGCAAGCCAAAGUGUGCCAGCGUUUUUACCUACCGGUAG